CUUUUGCUUGACUAGCGUGUAACCAUCAUGGAGGCAGAGCGUACCUUUAAGCUGAAUACCGGUGCUACCAUCCCUGCCGUCGGACUGGGGACUUGGACAAUAUUCGGAGAUCAUGGAAGUACUACUGAGGUGGAAGAGGCAGUAAAAGCCGCAAUAGAGCUUGGUUACCGCCACAUAGAUACCGCCUUUGUGUACGACAAUAUUUCCGCCGUUGGUAGAGCCGUCAACGCCAAGAUACAAGAUGGCACGGUGAAACGGGAGGAUCUAUUUAUCACCAGCAAGCUGUGGUGCACGUAUCUUCGUAAAGAGUCAGUAAUGCCACAGUUGAAGAAGGAACUGGAGCAGAUGGGCCUAGAAUACCUUGAUAUGUAUCUGAUACACUGGCUCUUGGCUUACAAGACUGGCGACGUUCUCUUUCCUAAAGACGCUGCGGGAAAGAUGAUUCUGGCAGACGAUGAUUACCGCCCGCUGGAGACAUGGCAGGGGCUUGAAGAAUGUCAAGAUGCCGGUCUGACUAAAGCAAUAGGGCUGAGUAACUGCAACUCCAAACAAAUCCAGGAAAUAUUAGAUGGUGCACGAAUCAAACCAGCAAAUAUUCAGGUGGAAAUACACCCACUGUUCUCAAACAGCAAGCUUAUACAGUUUUGCCGUGAGAAGAUUCCGGGAGUGGUUAUAACUGCCUACGCUCCUCUCUGUGCUCCUGGUAGACCAUGGCGUAAGCCGACCGAUCCAAUAUUAUUUGAUGAUCCCAGACUGGUGGAGAUAGCCAAAAAGAAGAAUAAAACACAAGCUCAAGUAGUCCUACGUUACAUGAAUCAGAAGGGCUACGUCAUAAUUCCGAAGAGUAUCAAGAAAGAGAGAUUAAAGGAAAACUUCGACAUAUUUGAUUUUAAGUUGAGUCCCGAAGAGAUGAAGAUCAUGGACGGAUUUGACAAAAACUUCAGAAUAUAUUGGGAAGACAUAGGCAGGCACUCCCCACACUAUCCGUUCAACGAAGAAUUCUAAUCAAGAUGGGAUGCAUCAAAAGACUGAAUUGUUUCCUAAUAGAGUAGAAACAGUGAUUACGAACAAUGAUCAUUACCCAAACAAAAAUCAUUGAAUUUACAUGUAAAGUAAAAUUUAAUGAAUCAAAACACAAUUCCUGCUCUGAGAAUGACUUAUUUGAAGUUGUUUGAAGCGCCGUUGCUACAGUAGCUCUACCUGUUCAGAAUUGUUCAGAAUUCUACCUAUCUUAUAAAAAUAAUGGGGUUUUAUUUUCUGAUUUUUAGUACUCGUCAUACCUGGCACUAAAUUGAUGAGAGUGCGUGUCAUAUAUAACAGUAGAUUAAUAAGAGCUUAAACCAGCUUUAACCAGCUUUUGAAUAUUGAGUUAUGAUACAUUCUUAUACCUUGUUCUCAUUUAAGUUACAUGUAUAGUUCUGAAAGCUGGGAAAUUUGGGAAAUCUGUAGGCCUACAGAUUAGAUUUGUAGAGAGAAUUUUGAAUGAUACAUAUCAUAUGUGUUAAAAUAUAAGACCAAAUAUGUCCACAAAUUUAGUCAUGUACAUAUAACUUAUAGUUAUACUAUAAUCAUAAAAAACUAAGAGCAUGCAGUUACUUUUAUCCAAUUUAAGUAACUUUUGUGCUUAUUUUUGCCACGAUAGGAAUUACCUGUAAUUCACAUAGGCCUACUGUAAGAAACAACUUCGACUUUUACAGCUUCUUUCUUUAAACAUAAAAAGGCCCUCUUUGCAAAUCUGUUUUUUUUUUCCUUUCUGUGACAUGAGAAUAAAAAUUUGUUGCAAAAUGUGUCUCUUGAAGAAAAAUCAACUGAAAAAGGUAUCAUACAGGUAUAUCAAUGGUAACAAAUUAGAAGAAUCUGCUUGUAGACCUACAUAAAGUGGCAUUUCUGCAUUUUUUUUGAAGAUGCAUUA